AUGGCUUCCAACAAUGACUAUGAUCCGGCCUUGGAGCCUGGCACGCCUUGGCACCACCACCCUUUGGCAAUCAAGAUUGGUGUCGGCAUACCUGCUGUACUAUUUGUCCUCGCCAGUCUUGUUGUUCUCGCACAGGCCCUAAAGCACCGCACCUGGUGUGCGUGGGCCUUGGUGCUUGCUGGUCUAUACCUCGCCUUCGGCACCUACAACCUCAACAUGGGCUAUACCUUUGAUCACCUGAUGGGGCUGGCACCAAGUUUAGCAGAUGACAAGUCGGCCAUGAGGAUGAUGGGUUUCAUCGACCUUGGCGGCAUCCUUGUCAUGCAAGCCACCCUUAUAGCCUUCUCCCGCUUGGUCUCCUUCUUGCAGCCGAGUGACUCGGCCCUGCUGGGGAAAGUCGUCGUCGCCCACAUCCUAGUCUCGAUCGUGAACAUUCUCGUCGCCCUCACCCUUUUCAAGCCAGCGCUGGUCAAGUUUUCCCCCUUCCUUGAAUUGCCCUUGUACGCGGCCGUUAUCUACCUACAACACGCCUACAAGCAACAUGUUGCCCAAUGGGCCGAGCAGAAGAACGCUAUGAGGCUGCCAAAAGCAGCAGCUUCUCGCCCCUGGAUGAACCUGUUCUAUGCCACUCGCCGCAUAGCAGUCAUACUAGCAAUUCGAGCCGUCGUCGGAGCUUUUUGUACAAUCACCGGCCAGUUCAAUAAGGACAUCUACUUCAACCUACUCACGAAUCAGAUGGGGUUGCUUUUGUGUUUCUGGACCUACUGUCGCAAUUUCCCCGGCUGGUUCUUGCCCAGGGAGUACACCGUCCUGAUUUAUCGUGGACAGGCGAAUGACUACAAGUCGGUACCGCUUGAGGAUAUGAGUUGA